CUCCGGCACCAUCUUCGAAACAAAUAUGAAAGGCAGCCCUUAAUGGGAUCUGGUGAAACUCCAAGUCCGAGAAGCACUCGAGGAGUAUGGCGGUUUCGAGGCGUUGUUCGACAAACUCGCGGAGGUUCGAAAGGCGGUGUUUGGAGCCAUGGAAGAGCUCUUUGACCUUCCUUUAAAAACGAAACAGCUUUUCACUUCCGACAGACCAUUUGGUGGCUACCAUGAUGCUACGGCAAAACUACUGCGUGAAAGCGUGAUGAUCGAUGAAGCACAUGUUCCCGGAAACAUCGAUCGAGGCCUCACCAACAUCUUGUGGCCUCAAGGAAGCAUAAACUUCAGCAAAACUAUUGAAUCCUUUACACACUUAGCAGCGGGAUUAGAGAAGACGAUUAUGAGGAUGGUUUUGGAGAGUUUUGGCGUCGAGAAAUACACGGAUGAACUCAUCUAUGCCACUAAUUAUACCCUGAGGGCAAUUAAAUAUGGAAGGCCACAAACCGGCAACGAACCCACCCUUGGAGCAGAUGCACAUACUAACAAGAUUUGGAUAACUCUUUUGUAUCAAAACGAGAUGAAAGGAUUGGAGAUUCUAACCAAAGAUGGCGAAUGGAUCAAUAUAAAGCCAUCGCCAAACUCUUUCAUAAUCUUGAGCGGCGAGUCCCUUGGUGUAUGGUUAAACGUCCUAUUGUCUGUACCUUAUAAUCGGGUCGUGACGAAAGGAAACAAGGUAAGAUAUAGCAUCGCAGUUUUCGCAAACCCGAGAGGAGGCUACCCUGUAAAGGUUCCUGAAGAGUUUGUGGAUGGCAAAAAUGGCUUGCUCUUCAAACUCUUCGACUACGACGAAUAUCUGCAACAUUACGCUUCUCAGAUAGCAGCUCUAGGUGUUUUUACUGAACUUGAAGUUUACUGCAAGGUCUAAGAUUUUGGGCAUCGA